AGUGUUCCGCUCCACUCGGGUGCAUAUCUUGAAGGUGACGGCCAACCUGCAACGAGUCGGGGCGAGCCCUGCUCCCUCUAUGAUGAAAUUAAAAAUGCGUAUAAAAGACGUUUGACUUUGCCAGCCUGUGUUUUAAAUACUGAGCUCACCAGUGGAUUUACCUCCAUACUCCACUCAGCUCUGCUCAUGAGAAGUUCAGGGGACUCUCUGAUGCCAACAACUUUUCUCCUCCAAACUUCCACACGCAGCCGGUCGUUAUGUUGGAUAAAUUCGGCGCACACAGCGGAGGGGUUCCGGUGUCCAGCGCGGAGCUGCAGCUCAAACUGACCGACAACAAGAGCAAGCUGGCGGCAGGGAUGGAGAGCGGAGCCGGGAAGAAACUCAUCGAGAUAAGUGGACCGGCUUUAUCAAAGAGGAAACUUCUGGUGGGCCUGGACCUCCUCUGCCUUGUUCUUGCUUCCAUCCCAUUCUUUGCAUGUGAGCUGAAGGCAGUGAGUCCAUACAGGAGGGGCUUCAUAUGUGGGGACCCCAGCAUCACCUACCCCUACCUGCACCGAGAGGUCAUAUCAGAUGAGUUACUCAUCACUGGGGGCAUCAUCAUCACCGGCCUCACUAUCGCCUUUGGGGAGUGUUACAGAGUUCGUUUUCGUGGCGUCAGUUCCAAGGCCUUCGUCAGGAACGUGUAUGUGUCCUGUCUGUACAAAGAGCUGGGCUGCUUCCUGUUUGGCUGCUGUGUCGGCCAGUCGCUCACUAACAUGGCCAAGCUGAGUGUUGGUCGGCUGCGACCUCACUUCCUGUCGGUGUGUGGGGUUACUUAUGCGUCACUUAACUGUACACCUGGAACCUAUGUAGCAACAGUGAGCUGCCGCCAGCCAGACCACAGAUUAGAAGAGGAGGCCAGGAAGUCCUUCUUCUCUGGCCACGCCUCCUUCGCCAUGUACACAAUGCUCUAUUUAGCCUUUUACCUUCAGGCACGGCUGACAUGGCGAGGGGCUCGGCUGCUGAGGCCAGCGCUGCAGUUCUUCCUGAUCCUGCUGGCAGUCUACACAGGUCUGACCCGCAUCUCCGACUACAGGCACCACCCGUCCGACGUGGUAACAGGCUACAUACAGGGAGCCCUCACAGCUUACUGGGUGGCCUUCCACAUCUCGUCCAUGUUUAAAAGCACAAGUUCAGAUCUGUCUCCGACUGAGACCUUGGACACCCCUCUGUCCCCCCACCAUACUGUCUGCUAGACCCCCACGCUACCUACACCUGCAUGUACCAGCCUCAUCCACCUGCUGCCUGUAGCCAGGUCUGGAGAGAUGUGGAGAAUGCAAGAUCAUUUCCUGUGAAGUCAAACCUCAUACCUCAGCAUCCAGACAGAGAGUUUGUGAGAUUGUUUCUGUGGCUCAGAAAAGAAAAAUAUGAAUGGAAAGAAGGGGGCGCUGUUAUGUAAGCAGGCUGAGAUCUUAGCCCUGUGACCUGUGAGAUGACACUACUGAAUCCUGAACAAACAACAACCACUACACCCCAACCACUACACCCCAACCACUACCCCCCCCCCCCCCACACACACACACCUGUAAAUUCGUACAGAUUUUAUACAACUCCAAUGUUACUGUAAAAGCACUUUUUAAAACUUCUACCUUAGUAUUUUUAACAACCACUUUGAUUAUCAGAUAGAAUGUUUAUUUUAUACAAACAUGUGAUGUAACGUUUAGCUUUUUGUUUUUUACAUAACUCAGUGAAUGUAACGUUUGUGAAGGAAAGCACAAAAUAGCAAGAAAGAGUCACGUUCUUAAUGUACCACAGUAUUCACAUAUGGUAGCUAUGUGUCUGUCCUGUUUUCAGUUUCAUCAUUGAGAAAAUGACUAUGUAUGCCUGCACAAUAGAGAUAACCCACAUGUUUGAAUAGAGAUGCUACUAUUUAUCAAUUUUUUUUAAUCUAUAUUGUUAGACCUCUUGCCAUGUCAGAGAUCACACAGAUUAUUCAAUAAAUGUUUUUUUUUUA